AUGCUAGCUCCAAUUGUUUUUCACGAAUUGGUCGGUGGUACAAGUAAAAAGCAAAAUUGGAAAGGUUUAGGUAUUGCCUUUAUUGUCAUUGCAAUCAUUUGUCUGUUCAUUGCUGCAGCGAUUCUUUUAACAAAUACACAACAAAUUCAUAUUGAUAAUAAACUUCUUUCACUAACCGAACAAGACAUAUUCAAUAUCAAAGUACCUAAAUCUUGGAAUGGAACAUGGAUAUCGAAUAGCUAUUUUUCGUAUGUGGAUACGAAUGAUUCCAUAUGGAUCUAUAAUUGUGACAUACUCGAGAAGGAAAUGCUGUUCAGAGGUGAUUUUAUUCAACAGGAAAGUGUCAAAUAUGGAAUUGUUUCGCCAUCGACGAAGUACGUACUAAUACCAGUCAAAAAAGAGAAGAUCUCGUCAUAUUAUACAAAUUAUCAGUAUGAUAUUUACGAGAAAUCGAGGAUGAUUGCGUCAAUUGCACUUGUCAAUGAAACUAAACGAACAGUCUCUGCUAUAGUAUACUCCCAUUCUGAUCAUCUGUUUGCUUUCAUUGACAAUUUCGACAUCUAUGUAUAUAAUAUAACGAGAAAAUCAAGUUAUCGAAUGACAUUCGACGGUAAUCGAGCUACAGUUCAUAAUGGUCUCGUUGAAUGGAUUUAUGAAUAUGAGAUUUUCAACCGAAAGACUCUUCUAUUUUGGUCGCCAACGGAUCGUUAUUUAGCAUUCAUUAAAAUCAAUCUAACCGACGUGCCGAAAAAUUACUAUCUAAAAUACGACUUCACCUUGGAGCACGAUGAUCUUUAUUCUAUUCCGUAUCCGAAAUACAACGAUCCCAUUCCUGCACUGAAUGUUUUCAUCUUCAACACUCGAACGAAGAAGACAAUCCGUGUGCCACAAUCGAAUGAUAGUGCGAAAUCAAAUAAGUCGGACAUGUAUAUUUAUCACAUUAUUUGGUACUGUGAUACGUGUUUUGCAGUCGUAUAUGGAAAUCGUGUGCAAAAUACAAGUACAAUUCAACUGUACGAAAUAGCGUACGAUAAAAUUAGUUUCAAGUCAAGAUAUAUCGAAGAGACCAGUCGAGGGUACUUGUUAUCACGGUUUUUGAAGCCAUUCUUUUCCUCUUUGGGACCAUAUGCUUAUAUCAUUCGUUUUGAUCCUGUCAUUAAUGGAAAGGCUGGCCAGAAAGCGUUUCCACGUGUUGUACGAAUACAUUUCAAUCGAUCGUAUCCUCAAAUUGAUGUGAAAUCACCUGAAGACAUCAAUGCUGAUGAAAUUCUUCAUGUCGACAAUCUUGAUCGAGUCUAUUUUACCGGUUUCGAACCGCUGAAUUCACUCGAAAGGCAACUCUAUCGAUGGACACAUACGGAUGCCGUGUCAGAAAUUGAAUGCUUAUCUUGUAACGAGUCCUGCGGAUACAUCAACGCUCAAUUUAGUCUUGGGAAGGGGAACUAUUAUAUUCUAGAAUGUCUCGGACCAUCUAUUCCUUAUUCUGUAUUAUAUAAUCGAAUGGAAAGGCUGGUGCUUAUCGAUGAUAAUGAACCAUUUCGAGAAUGGAUCAGUAAUCGAUUAAUGCCAUCGAUUGAAUAUUUUACAGUGCCAUUAGACGAGAAAAAUUCGAUUGUUGGUAAUGGUAUGAUUAUUUUACCACCUAAUUACAAUCCGAAUAAAACCAUCGCAUCCUAUCCAGUGAUCAUGACAAUCAACGAUCGAUUGUAUGAUCAACGUGUGACAAAGAAAUAUGUAUUGCCUUUAGAUGAUUAUAUUCAAGUUAUAGAAGACAAUUUAACUGUUGUCAUGUUCGAUGCGCAUGGUAGUAUAGGGCAGGAUGAAAAUUAUCUGAAAUCAAAUUCACAGGACUGGUUAGAACGACAAUAUCAAGAUUACAUCAAAGUUGCUCAACAUUUGAAAUGGAAUGAGAAAAAGUUCAACGAAACAUUGAAUGAUACCAGAUUUGGACUUCGAGCACGAGGUUCUGCUGCUGUCGUUGCACUGAAAUUACUGGAAGGACAAGAUGAAUACAUCUGUGCAUUUCUUCAGUCACCUGUCUAUGAUUUAGCUCAUUAUUAUACGACCUUCAGCGAGCAUAUCAUUGGAUUGAAUGGCGGCAUGAAAUCGUCUAUUCAACUCGACGUUCAAAACAAAAGUAUCGCAUUUGUUCAUGGAACAGCUGAUGAAAUCGUACAUUUUAAACAUUCGGCGACCUUGGCGAAGGUAUUAACUGACAAGCAGGUCAAUUUCGAUUUUAAGGUUUAUCCUGACGCGAAACAUAAUUUCGAACAGAAUCCUGUGAUCUACAAUGACUUUCUUCAUUAUCAACGACAUUUCUUUCAAGGCUGCCUAGGUGGACGAAUUAACAAAGAACGGAAAAUCGUUUCACCAGAAGAAUACGAUUAA